AUGCACCGUCAUCAGGUGGUGCCAACUGAGUACACUUUCCUCUCUGCUAGUCGUAUCAUCACGAACCAGUUCUCAGCCACGGAGCACUUCCGUCAGCUUACGCCUGUGAGCGACAAGGGUCUCCCAAUGGUCUCAUUCAGCUACACUUUCUCGCCGAUCAUGUUCCGCAUCGAACAAUACCGAGUGGGGUUCCUACAGUUCCUCACCAGCGUCUGCGCUAUUGUGGGUGGUGUGUUUACGAUUCUUGGGAUCAUGGACUCGCUCGCGUUCGGGCUGCUGAAUAAGACGAGCAGCACGACACUGCUGUAA